AUGAGAGAGAUUGUUCACGUCCAAGCCGGUCAAUGCGGUAACCAAAUCGGUUCCAAGUUCUGGGAAGUGAUAUCAGACGAGCAUGGAAUCCAACCAGAUGGAACAUUCAAAGGAGAGAGCGAUUUGCAGCUCGAGAGAAUUGAUGUCUAUUAUACCGAGGCGAACAGUAAGUUUUUGAUGUCGUUUAUAUUCAUUUUUAUUGCAGCAAAACAACUUUUUCAGAUGGAAAAUAUGUGCCACGCGCAGUUCUCGUUGAUUUGGAACCUGGAACAAUGGAUUCAGUUAGAUCCGGACCAAUCGGACAACUUUUCCGUCCAGAUAACUUUGUUUUCGGACAAUCAGGAGCCGGAAACAAUUGGGCGAAAGGACAUUAUACCGAAGGAGCUGAACUCGUCGAUAAUGUUUUGGAUGUUAUUCGCAAAGAAGCCGAAGGUUGUGAUUGUCUUCAAGGAUUCCAGUUGACACAUUCUCUUGGUGGAGGAACCGGAUCUGGAAUGGGAACACUUUUGGUCUCCAAAAUCAGAGAAGAAUAUCCAGAUAGAAUCAUGAGCUCUUUCUCUGUUGUUCCAUCUCCAAAAGUCUCUGACACCGUUGUCGAACCUUACAAUGCCACAUUGUCAGUUCAUCAACUUGUUGAGAACACCGAUGAGACUUAUUGUAUUGACAAUGAAGCUCUUUACGACAUCUGCUACAGAACUCUCAAACUCACCAAUCCAACAUACGGAGACUUGAAUCAUCUUGGUAAGUUUUUUUCAGAUUAGUUUUCGAAUAUAUACAAUGGAAUUUGUUUCAGUUUCUCUCACAAUGUCUGGAGUCACUACUUGCCUUCGAUUCCCAGGACAAUUGAAUGCCGAUCUCCGCAAACUUGCUGUCAAUAUGGUUCCAUUCCCACGUCUUCACUUCUUUAUGCCUGGAUUUGCUCCAUUGUCCGCCAAGGGAACACAAGCUUAUCGUGCAUUGACAGUCGCUGAAUUGACUCAACAAAUGUUCGACGCAAAGAAUAUGAUGGCUGCUUGUGAUCCAAGACACGGAAGAUAUUUGACUGUUGCUGCAAUGUUCAGAGGAAAAAUGUCGAUGAGAGAAGUUGAUGAACAAAUGCUCAAUGUUCAAAACAAGAACUCAUCAUACUUUGUUGAAUGGAUUCCAAACAAUGUCAAGACAGCAGUUUGUGAUAUUCCACCAAAGGGAUUGAAAAUGGCUGCCACUUUUGUUGGAAACUCAACUGCUAUUCAAGAGCUUUUCAAGCGCAUUUCUGAGCAAUUCACUGGUGAGUUCCCGAUAACUAAUUGAAAAUGAAUAAAUAUAAAAUAUCCAAUUUCAGCUAUGUUCCGCCGCAAAGCUUUCUUGCAUUGGUAUACUGGUGAAGGUAUGGAUGAAAUGGAAUUCACCGAAGCCGAAUCCAACAUGAAUGAUUUGAUCUCCGAAUAUCAACAAUAUCAAGAAGCAACUGCCGAAGAUGACGGUGAAGGAUAUGUUGAUGGAGAGGGAGAAACUUAUGAAUCAGAACAAUAA